CUUUCUAUAUGUUAAUGCAGUUCUUUUGGUUGUUUCUUUAGAGUCAAGAGUUUCUUUAUCACUUCUACAUUUUCUCAGUAACCAAAAAGGACGAGAUUUCUGGGUUUCAUAAGUUUGAAACAUGGAAAGAAUCUUUCAUUUUCAUUUUUGGUAGAGAAUUGACUAAAUUGAUUUUCAUAACCUAACUUUUGAAUUCAGCGCUAGAAAAGUUUUUUUUUUGAACUAAAUACACAGUGAUAAAUUACAUUUUGACCAGAUUCAUCGCUUCCCCAUUUCGGUUUCUGAGAAAACUGAGGAAUAUACCAGAAAAUAAAGAUUUUGAGAUCUUAAAUCAAAUCAGGUCAUGCUGUUGUUGUAGGCCUGUGGUCCCACAUAAUGAAGACAUUUUGUUUUCCUGCGUCGUUUAUGGAAAACAAUUAAUAUUAUAAUAUUUUUUAAUUGCUCUAAGAUAUGUUCACCCCUAGUUAGUGCUUGAACUCCCAAGUUUCUCUGAAAUGAAAGGAAAAAAGUUUGCUUUUGAAAUGCCAGAAUCAUUUUCUUAAGGUAUCAAUCGUGACGACCUUUUGGUAUAGUGAUGCCUUUUUUUUGGCCUCUUGUACAGAGAGGUUUUGAGCUGCGAAAAGGCUGCAGAUAAUCAAGCUCGGUCCCCAAUCACUCUACACUUUGUGAAAUUACCAGUUGGUGUUUUCAAAUAGUUCAAUUGGCAUGAGCCCACUGAUUUCCAAGAAAUUUUAUUAGUGACUGGUGCUGGUUGUCUUCAUGGGUUGCUACCCUUCAAAGAGAACUAAAGAGACACCGGGGUACGAGGAGCCAACGGUACUUGCUGCUGAAACACCCUGUGAGUAUGCAUUUUCAAGAGGCUCAUUGUUGCAACAUCCUAGUUUUACUGUUAGCGAAGUAGAGGCUUUAUACGAACUCUUUAAGAAAUUAAGUAGUUCAGUCAUUGAUGAUGGGCUUAUUCACAAGGAAGAACUUCAGCUUGCACUCUUCAGGAACAAAAACAGGAGGAACCUUUUCGCAGACAGGAUUUUUGAUUUAUUUGAUGUCAAGCGCAAUGGAGUAAUUGAGUUUGGAGAAUUCGUUCGAUCUUUGGGUGUCUUUCAUCCAAAUACACCAGUUGAAGACAAGAUCCAUUUUACUUUCAGAUUAUAUGAUUUAAGGCAAACUGGUUUCAUUGAGCGAGAGGAGUUGAAGGAGAUGGUAUUGGCACUUUUGCAUGAAUCGGAUCUAUUGCUGUCCGAUGAUGUUGUUGAAACAAUUGUUGACAAGACAUUUUGUGAUGCAGAUUUAAAAGGUGAUGGAAAAAUUGAUCCUGAAGAGUGGAAGGAAUUUGUGUCUAAGAACCCUUCUCUUAUAAAGAACAUGACUCUACCGUAUUUAAAGGAUAUAACCUUGGCAUUUCCCAGCUUCGUGUUAAGUACUGAAGUUGAAGAUUCAGAAGUGUAGCAGAAAGGUAUCAAUCACGUCAUUUCUAGCAAAGGUAAUCCGCUCAUUUUGGAUCAACUCUAUUUGAGAGAUGCUUGAAUUCACAUAUGUCAAUACAAGAGCUAGACAGACUUGAGGUUACAAACUCCUAAGUGCAGCCAAGAUCUGAUCGACAAGGUGCAGCUUAUUUGCCAUCGUAAACUUUUCCAAUGCAAAACGGUAAAGCUUAGUUUGGCUCACGUUUUGCAUGGUACAUUGCAUUACUGCAUCAUAAAUUUUGCAAUGUAAUAUAUAAAAUGUAUAAGAAGUGUGUUUUUACCUGUA